AUGAUGACAGGCCUGAGAAGACAAGUGUUCGACUUCUCCAUAAAGGUCCUGAGCUGUGUCCUAUACAUGUGUCGUGUGUUGACAGACGACCCAUCCAAAGGACAUGAGUCGGGUCGCUGUGUACUUUACUGGGGAUGCCCCAAUCAAACGUACAUAUUUUUAAAGAUUGACUGGUCUCCCAUAAUAUGGGUCGAACGAAGUCUUGGCAUAUGGGCGUUACAGGUGUCUGUGGCAGUUAUCUGUCUUGUUGAAACUAUUCUGUUGACCUACCUGAGUUACAAGGGCAACAUUUGGGAGCAGAUUCUUCGGUUGACGUUCAUCCUGGAGACGGUGAACACAGUGCCUUUCCUGCUCACCAUCCUGUGGCUUCCUCUGCGGAACCUCUUCAUCCCUGUGUUCCUGAACUGCUGGUUGGCCAAGCACGCCUUGGAGAACAUGAUCAAUGACCUGCAUCGUGCCAUCCAGCGAACACAGUCUGCCGUGUUCAACCAGGUGCUCAUCCUCAUCUCCACUCUCUUCUGCCUCAUAUUCACCUGCAUCUGUGGCAUCCAGCACCUGGAGCGGGCGGGCAAGAAGCUGACGGUGUUCGACUCCUGGUACUUCUGCGUCGUCACCUUCUCCACAGUGGGCUACGGCGACGUCACGCCCAACGUGUGGCCCUCCAAGCUGCUGGUGAUCAUCAUGAUCUCUGUAGCCCUGGUGGUGCUGCCCAUACAGUUUGAGCAGCUGGCCUACCUGUGGAUGGAGAGACAGAAGUCGGGGGGGAACUACAGCCGUCACCGCGCCCAGACAGAGAAACAUGUGGUGCUGUGUGUCAGCUCCCUUAAGAUAGACCUCCUGAUGGACUGCCUCAACGAGGUCUACGCCCACCCCGGGCUGCAGGACUACUAUGUCAUCAUCCUGUGUCCAACAGAGAUGGACCCCCAGGUGCGCCGGGUGCUCCAUAUCCCCCUGUGGUCCCAGCGGGUCAUCUACCUCCAGGGAUCGGCCCUCAAGGACCAGGACCUCAUACGAGCCAAACUGGACAAUGCAGAGGCUUGUUUCAUCCUAAGCAGUCGCUGUGAGGUGGACCGCACCGCCGCAGACCAUCAGACCAUUUUGCGAGCUUGGGCUGUGAAGGAUUUCGCUCCAAAGUGCCCCAUUUACGUCCAGAUUCUGAAGCCAGAGAAUAAAUUCCAUGUGAAAUUUGCAGAUCAUGUAGUGUGUGAGGAGGAAUUCAAGUAUGCCAUGUUGGCCCUGAACUGCAUCUGUCCAGCAACCUCGUCCCUCAUAACCUUACUGGUCCACACUUCACAGGGCCGGGAGGGGCAGCAGUCUCCAGAGGAGUGGCACAGGACUUAUGGCAAGUGUUCGGGGAAUGAGGUUUACAACAUCGUCAUGAGAGACAGCAUCUUCUUCUCAGAGUACAUGGGGAAAAGCUUCCCCUACGCCUCCUUCCACGCGCAUAAGAAGUAUGGCGUGUGUCUGAUCGGGGUGUGCCGGAAGGACAGUAAGAGCAUCCUGCUGAACCCCGGGCCACAGUUCAGAAUGAGCCCCAAUGACAGCUGCUUCUACAUCAACAUCACUAAGGAGGAGAACACUACCUUUAAGACCCAGAGGGAGAGGACGGGUAGCCGGCCCUGCUUGCCUGUACACAGUGUAAUCGCCUGCAUGGGCACUGUGGCCAUAGACCUCCAGGACACAGGCUGUGGGCCCUCUCUCUGUCUCCCCCCGGAGGACAUCAAGGGUAACAGCAGGAGGCCCAGCAUCGGCCCCGUGCUAGAGGUGCCAGACACUUCCUCUAUGCACACAGGUGACCUCUAUAGCGACCAAUCAGAGGACGAGACCAUGCCCUCCAACGAGGACCUAUCAACUGAGGACUAUAUGAAAGGCUUUCCUCCCAACCUGCCCUACAUCGGUAGUUCUCCAACACUGUGCCAUCUAUUGAAGGAGAAAGUACCAUACUGUUGCCUCAGACUGGAAAAGGGUUGUGAGCAUAACAACUUUGAGGAUGCCAAAGCCUACAGCUUUAAGAACAAGCUGAUCAUUGUGUCGGCUGAGACGGCGGGGAAUGGACUGUACAACUUCAUCCUCCCGCUUAGAGCUUCCUACAGACUAAAGAAAGAGCUGAACCCCAUUGUGCUGCUCCUGGAUAAUCAGCCUGACACACAGUUCCUGGAGGCUGUCUGUGGGUUCCCUAUGGUUUACUACAUGGUGGGCUCCAUCGAUAACCUGGAUGACCUCCUGCGUUGCGGUGUGUCCUUUGCAGCCAACAUGGUGGUGGUGGACAAGGAGAGCACCAUGAGUGCAGAAGAGGACUACAUGGCUGAUGCCAAGACCAUCGUCAAUGUACAGACACUGUUCAGGUUGUUCUCCAGUCUCAGUAUCAUCACCGAGCUAACCCACCCCGCCAACAUGAGGUUUAUGCAGUUCAGAGCUAAGGACUGGUACUCUCUGACUCUCUCUAAACUGGAGAAGAAAGAGCGGGAGAAAGGCUCCAACCUGGCCUUCAUGUUUCGCCUGCCGUUCGCUGCAGGGAGGGUCUUCAGUAUCGGCAUGCUGGACACUCUCCUCUACCAGUCGUUUGUCAAAGACUAUAUUAUCUCCAUCACCAGGCUGCUGCUGGGCCUGGACACCACCCCGGGCUCUGGCUUCCUCUGCUCUAUGCAGAUCUCUGAGGAGGACCUUUGGAUCCAGACGUAUGGAAGGCUCUAUCAGAAACUGUGUUCCACCGUCGGUGACAUUCCCAUUGGCAUCUACAGGACCGAGUCCCAGACAGCAGAUUCCUCUGAGGAGCAAUGCGAGCCAUCCUCCCAAUCACAGCUCUCGGUGUGCGUGGAGGACUUAGACGACCCCAAGGAGCAGAGUGACCGAGAACUCCCCCCUGUGGCCGGAGGGCUCCACCGCAGCUCCACCUCCAGUGACCCAUCGGACGGGAAGGCUCCCCUGCUGAGGAGGAAAAGCGUGCAGUGGGCGCGGAAGCUGAGCUGGAGGGGGACUCGAGGGAACCAGCGGGGGGCUCAGAGGGGGGGCCAGCAGGGUCUGAGGGCCAGACGCUCAGAGAGACAGGAGCUGGACGAGCUGGUCAGCAACAGGAUGAAAAGCCUUGGACUCUGGGCCACGGCUUGCGAUGACAUGAGUGAGAACCAGACUACUCACUCCCACACAUACGUGUUGAUCAACCCACCUCCUGACACCAGGCUGGAGCUCAAUGACAUAGUGUAUAUCAUCCGUUCAGAUCCCCUGGGGUACGUCCCUAAGGCUGGUGACAGCAAGGAGAGUCUGGGAAGCAGCACAUGUCUUGGGGAGCACACCAAGACAGAGACGCCUUUCUGAUCCAUACUUACACACAACAUGCCUGUACUGUUUUGCUGGGGUUGGUUAAAGGGAUAGUUCACUUUUUGCACCGCUAACUGAUACAAUCGGUUUCCACUAGCAUUGCUACAAUACCAAAAACAUGAACUAUCCCUUUAAUGCCAUAAUUAGGUUUUACGUCCUACAGUUCACAUUGCAUUGUGAAAAGCAUGUUGGGGGUUAGCAAUCAGUAUAAUUUCAGAACGUAUCACCCCAUACUGUAUCUGCUGUUCGACUGAUACUGAUGUUCUCUAUCUCUCUCUUUCACAAUGUGGCCUUUCCAGAGGAUAUACUCAAUGUAGGAACUUAGGGGUUUUAAAGACACUACACGGGGUCUUUGUUUUCACAUUUGGGGUGUGGGGUGUGGGGCAAAUUUAACUGUUUAGGCACGCUCUGCAAAGUCCACCUCUGUUCUUAGUAUGCAGUAUACUCCAUGUUAUCAUAUGUACUGUCUAUUUAUUCAUUUGUAGAAUAAUAUGUCAAUCAUGAAUUGUUACUAUACUCAUCUGUUGAAUGUUUGUUGUCGUUAAUAUUGACUCUCAUAAAUUCUGUAAUGUUUACUCUCAUUAUCUAUGCACACUUUGAAAACAAAUAGGGUUGCUUUUUGAGCUGGACAUGGGCAAAUAUUUUCUUCCUUGGCUUAUGAAGGGGCAUUGCACUCAAACUAUCUUUUGUGCUAUUUUGUUUAAUUAGUCCACUGUUGAUACAGUCCCAAAAUGUUUUGCAUGUCAGUAGUCAAGUUGUCAAGAUAUUGGAAUUUGAAGGAGAAAAUUGUCUCCAGCCAUUUUGGGACUGUAUCAACAUUGUCUCCAGCCAUUUUGGGACUGUGUCAACAUUGGACGAAUAAAACAAAUACCAAAAGAUGCUGUAGUUUUUGAGUGCAAUUCCCCUUUAAGUUUAUUUAGGCCAGGAUGUAAUGCAAGGUACGUUUAGCACAGCACACUAUAACAGACUUAAAGGUACUUUGCCAUUAUGCCGGCAUGCCCAGUGUUUACUAUGAUGGCGAUGGUACGUCAGGGAAAAUGUGAACACCGGGGAAAAUACAUUUAAAAGGUGCAUUGUCGGCUGUAUAGGGCACCGUGCUAUAACUCGCUUUGCAUUGUAUCCCGGCCUUAGUUUAUGAAUAUAUUUGACAGUGUCAGUGUACAUUAAUCAACAUAUUAUUCAUGAAUUCUGUUUUUAUCAUGUUAGACAGUAUGAAUGAAUUGAUACGCGUCUUUUUACAUUCAAAACACGGCGUUCAAAUUAACAAUAGCAAAAAAAACGACACAUGGAAAUAAGCUUCAAGUGUAAAGGCACCAUCAUUUUAACUAUGUAGUUAUUGAUGACCAUGCAUGUAUUGAUCCGUUUGUUUCGGUUUGCAGAGCCUCUUUGAUUUGAUUUGAUUGAAUGAUGUCACAACUACAUUCCCAUAAGGUAUUGAGGUGUCAUGUUUAUACUAACCCAUGAUCCAUAUAUGAGCUUAUUGUACUUAACCCAUUGUUUUCCCACUUGUUAAACAGUAAUCUGAGUACUAUAUCCCAAGCAAUAUACAAAAAUACGAUAUAGCGCUGCACAACCAAAGUGACCCUUUGGUUUAGCAGAUAAAAGACUACCAACAAACAAUGUAAGCAUUAGACAGAUUGAAACAAAUGAAGAGCACUGAGUUCAUGUUUCUGGGACUAUGAUGGAUUGGAAUGCUUAUGGUGUGAGUACUGUUGUCAAAUAUUCAUAUUAAAUAUGAUAAACUACCUCCAGGCUC